CGCGCGAGAAGAUGGCGGCGAGAGGCGGCCGGCGGGCGCUGCUGCUGCUCCUUUUCUCGCUCUCGUUCCUCUUGCUGGCGGCGCCCGGGGCUUGGUCGGCGCGGGGCCGCGGGGCCGACAAGCAGAACAGCCUCCGGAGGGCAGCCAGCGGCGUCUACCAGGGCGUGAGCGGCCUCUUCGGCGAGGAGAACGUGCGCGCCCUGCAGAAGUUUUUCUCCAAACUGACAGAGCGAUUUGUAUAUGGUGUGGAUGUUCUAGUAGAUACAUUUUGGAGAAUAUGGACUGAUCUUCUGGAUGUCCUUGGGAUUGAUGGUUCCAACUUGACCCAUUAUUUCAGCCCUGGGUCCCUCGCCAACAACCCCACCCGUGCUCUUUUGCUGAUUGGCGCCAUCUUACUUGCUUAUUGGUUUGUCUCUCUCCUCCUUGGGUUCUUCUUCUAUCUCUUACAUGUGCUGUGUGGCCGCUUCUUCUGGAUCGUGAGGGUCGGCCUCUUUGCACUUUCUUGCGUGUACAUCCUUCAGAAGUAUGAAGGUGAGCCAGAACAUGCUGUCCUUCCGCUGUGCUUUGUAGUUGCUGUCUAUUUCAUGACUGGACCUGUUGGCUUCUAUUGGAGGAGGAACAGCCACAGCACUCUUGAGGAGAAGAUUGACCAUCUUGACAGCCAGAUCCGACUCCUGAACAUACGUCUUUCUAGGGUGAUUGAAAACAUGGAUAGAGGAGGUGACCAAUGAAACAAAUGGUUUAUCCCACUUACAACACCAGCUCUCUAGGAAGUCACCAAGCACUGUCUCUAGUUCAUAAAAAGUUAGUGAAGCAACAAGCCAACAUGGAUAAAACAAUGUGCAACAUUAAGCUGUUAAAUGUUAACAUUAGUUUAUCUAGACAAUAUACUGAAAGAAAAAAAUGCACUUGUAAGAUAAGAUUCUUUAGCUGUAUAUUCAGAGAUUUUUCUCCAUGAGUAGAAUUUUAUCCGCUUACUUUUUUCCAGGCAUUUAGAACAUAUUUUGUAAAAGGUUUUUAUAAAGGCAUAUUGAUUAGUCUAUUUAAAAUUAAUUAAAAAUUAAAAUGAGCUUUAUGCAGAUUUGACAUUUU